GUACCUUUCUACGUACCUACGUACCUACGUACCUACUUUCCUACUUUCCUACUUUCCUACCCUCCUACCUGAUAGUCUCACUCUCACUCUUUCCCAGUCUUUCUUUCAUUCUUCUUAUUACAUGCCUACUCCCCGGCCUUCUUGGUAUUGCACCACUCUACUUUUUGUUUCUUGCCUCUUUCCCCAUCAUCGAGAGCAGCUCACUGUCGUCAUUUUGACAAUUACAUUCAUUCCUUUCAAGAAACAUAUUUCACGCUCUUUUACUUUUACAUCUAUCGACUCUCUUUCGUGGCAAGAUACACGUUAAGAGAUUCUUGUGUGCAUACAAAUAUCAUUCUCUUCUAUUCGAAUCUUGGAGGUUAUCGUCGCAUUGUGAGAUCAGACGAAAGCAUCUCGACUUCCAGACCUCACGCAAAACAUACAAUAUUCAUUUAUUGAAGAGGGAAGUUUGUUGUCAUUAGAGUGAAUCAUUUACCAUCGAACCAUUUUCUUUGAGAAAUCCUGUGGUCGCUUCGCCCAAUUUCGACCGGAAAUAUCAACAUAACCAACAGAUCCUUCGACCAGGCAAACAACAACCACCACCUUAACCAAAAAUUCAACCACUUCCAAAGAACGUUCCUCACUUUUAAAUCUUUCCGUUCUGCACAUUCGUUUGUGGGUCUUCAUUGCUUUCAAGAAGUCAACAUUUACAUACAUCAUAAAAAGAAGAACAUUUCGCUAUCGAUUUUCAAUCCAAACUUUCAAAAUGCGCGGAAACUCCUUCCUCGAGAAGGCGACCAUCUUGGCGGGUUUAGCUAGUAACGUUGAUGCUUUCUGGCGUUUGCCAUGUAGAAGUAGAAGUGGAUUGGCAAGACUUGACCCAUUGGUUAACCCUGGCGCAAUCGCUCAGCAUGCACAUGCUAUUCAUGGUUCCAGCGGUAUGUUGGUAUUUAUUUAUUGAUUCGGAAGGGAGAUGCUAAUUUGGCUUGGUGACUAGGUUUUGGAAAAUCCUCAGGAUAUGACGAUUUAAUGGCUGGAAACUGUACUUCCUGUGAAGUCAGUCAAGAUAAAUCCGCCUAUUGGAUUCCUUCCCUUCACUUCAAGAAUGCGGCUACUGGAAAAUUCGAGAUUGUUGAGCAGGUUGGGGGUAUGCUUGCGUAAGUUUAAUCUUUUACCCUCUGCUUCUUGAAAAGUGUUCCAGAAACAUUGUUCCUAAUGCAUCACCAUAGGUACUACCUCCUCUAUGGAGAUAAUAUUAAAGCUUUCCCCGAAGGCUUUGCCAUGAUUGCAGGAAACAACGAACUCCGUAACUUCUCCAGUUACCCCGUUCCUGAUGUCGACAAAUCGAACUGGAACCAAGCUCCAUACAAUAGCCAAGCUUUCCUCAGACAAGCAGCUCUCGGUUUCAACUGCUUGAACUAUGCUGCUGCUGCCGAAGGAUCCCUUUACCGUCAUUUCUUGCCAGAUAAGGACUAUCUUGAUGCCAACUGCGCGGACGGUGUCAGAUUCGAACUCAUGUUCCCAUCAUGCUGGAACUCCACUGCAGGACCAACCGCACCAGAUUCGAAAUCCCACAUGGCAUAUCCUUCCGAAGUCAUGACUGGUACUUGCCCAGAAGGAUUCGAUACUCGUCUCGUCUCGCUCUUCUAUGAAACCAUCUGGAACACCGCUGCCUAUAAAGGGAUCGAUGGAGAAUUCAUCAUUUCUAACGGUGAUCCAACUGGCUACGGCUAUCACGGAGAUUUCAUCAUGGGUUGGGAAGAGUCAUUUUUGCAAAAUGCUGUUGAUACCUGUACUAACCUUUCCGGAGAAAUUAGCGAUUGUCCACUUUUUGACAUUCAAGAUGCAAGUGUAUAUGGAUCUUGCAGCUUUGAAAUGCCAGCAGAUUUGGUAAACGAUGAGAUCAAUGGUCCUAUGGCAACCCUUCCUGGAAAUGUCCCCGUUCAAUAUGGACCUGGUCAAGCCUCUAGUGAUACACCCGGUGAACCCACCGCCGUGGCAUCUUCAACUUCAUCUGCCAAAGGAUCAAGCGCAGCUUUCACAACAACUAGCCCAUCUGCUAUCGUACCAACUCUUUCUCACUCUGCCGGAUCUACCAUUGGUAAGCUUACUAAUCUCACUGUCUUUUACACCUAAUUCUGUCUUUCCAUCUCAACAACUUUCUUAAACUUUUAAUUUUUGUAUUCGUUCUUUCGAAUCAGCUUCAACUCCUCCUAUCUCAAUUUCUUUUUCUGAUAGGCGAUUAUUAACUCCAUAAUGUCACAGUCGCUUCUUUGGGCGAAACCUAUGUACCAGGUGGUGUUUUCGCCGCUGUUGAAUCUGGAGUUUCCUACUCAAGUUCAAGCUCAUCGACUAUUGCCACAGAUGGGGCCGCCGUUACAAGCUCAUCAACUACCGUAGCAGGUGGAUAUGCCGCUGCUUCAAGUUCGCCAAUUAGCGCACCAGGUGGAGUUGCCGCCGUUUCAAGCUCUCCAACUACACUUCUCACCGCCUCAUCAGCAUCCGCAUAUUCCACAUCUUUCUCAACCACAACUGCACUCUCAAAUCUCAAUGAAGAUGUAGAGGUUGAUGAAGUAUUUUGGGUAGAAGAAACCGUUACUGUUACCACAACAGCACAAGCUGGUGUUGCUAGAAGAAGACAUUUGCACGAACAUCAACGGGCUAAGAAGAGAGGAAACUUUGCUUAAGAAGUAGAAGUCCACUUAGUUUUUAGUUUUUAGUUUUUAGUUUUGAUUUGAGUUUUUAUCGCGUCCAUGUAUUCUUUUCUUGAUUCAUGCAUAUCUUUUUGCAUUUUAUGACCUUGGUGACGGGGUUUGGGUUGGAUAGGAUAGGAUUUGUAUAGAUUGAAAUAGAGAAAGAGGUGAUGCCAAGGAUUUGCUCUCAUCUCACUGUAGUGGAAAGAAGACUGGCCCCUAACUGUUAUUAUAUAUGAUAUGUACUUGCAAGUAGAGCCGAGCAGUAACAUUUUCUGGGCGAUUUAUUCUGGGCUGGAUAUGAGUGUGGCUAAUGGGCAUGGGCAUAGAUAGAUAGAUAGAUAAAAAUGUGAAAAUUAUAAGAUUGUAAUGUUAUAAGAUUAU